CGCAGUGCAUUCUGGGGAAUGUGGUUCGCUGUGGCCCAGAGGCGCGAGGGCCGGCAGAGUUUCUUCAGAGGAACUACAGCCCUGGGAGGAAUCGUCUAUUUAGUUUCAACACAGACGACUGGGGUUGGGAGCCUACGGGGUUGCAGUCUGUAGGGCGCCAACAGCAGCUGCCAGGGCUGCUUUUCCUGAACACGCUGCAAGCACGUCAAGGUAGUCGGAGACCCCUAACAAUGGAUAAAUUCGUCAUUCGAACGCCUAGAAUCCAGAAUAGCCCUCAGAAGAAAGAUUCUGGAGGAAAGGUUUACAAGCAGGCCACGAUUGAAUCUCUGAAGAGAGUUGUGGUUGUAGAAGACAUAAAAAGAUGGAAAACUAUGCUGGAAAUUCCUGAUCAAACCAAAGAGAAUCUCAUUGAAGCCUUACAAGAAUUAAAGAAGAAAAUACCCUCCAGGGAAGUGUUAAAAUCAACAAAGAUAGGUCACACUGUGAACAAGAUGUGUAAACACUCAGAUUCAGAAGUGGCUUCUCUUGCCAGAGAAGUUUACACUGAGUGGAAAACUUUCAUUGAAAAACAUUCAAAUAGACCUUCUAUUGAAGUUAGAAGUGAUCCCAAAACCGAGUCGUUUAGGAAAAAUGCCCAGAAAUUACUCUCAGAAGCCUUGGAAUUAAAGAUGGAUCACCUACUGGUUGAAAAUAUUGAGCGGGAAACGUUUCAUCUCUGCUCCCGCCUCAUUAAUAGGCCGUACCGGCGGACGGUGAGAGCCCUGGUCUUCACAUUAAAGCACCGAGCUGAAAUCCGGGCUCAGGUGAAGAACGGCUCGCUGCCAGUCGGCACGUUUGUACAGACCCACAAAAAGUGACCUGAGGACGGUUCCAGCCCUGGGCCAGGCAGAGAAGAAAAUGGGCCUCUCUCUGCCGUUCAAAGACGCUUUUGAGUUUGGGUGAUGGCUGAUGCUGGCUGUGCUAGAUUUUCCCAUGGUGCCAUUCCUUUGCAGACAGAGGAUUCGGAGAGCCCUAGGAGACAGGCCUGCAGGAAUGUGCUUCAUUAGCUGGAGUGCGCUGGUGCUGCCUAACAGAACGCACACUGGCUGUCACUAGGAAGCGCCAUACGGUUGCUAUCACCCAACAUGGUGAAAGGGUGAUGGAUUUCACUGUGAGUAUGCCAAGGACACCUCUAAACUUCCCCCUGUCAGGCAGAUGAAGUUACUACUUUAUUUCACCACCCUGCAGGUAACUGAAACUCAAUUACCGCUGCCGCGCACUCGGUUCCAUCCCCCUGAGUUUAGAUAGCUCUGGUGCCUCUCAGAACUCCCCUGUCUGUUCUCUUUGCUCUACCCCAGGGGUGAGCCUGCCAGAGCCAGCCGACUACCCCUUCUUCCCAGAGCUCACUUAUCUGAACGUUUCAGCUCUCCCUGGAAGACCUUCUGCGUUGGUCUCCAGAGCCCCCAUGCUGAGGCUACUAAUGAGGAACUGGCCUGAAGCCUCCCACACCUCUGGGUUUAUUUGAAUACGCUGGCGCUCUCAGUUUAGGGCUCUGUAGAAGAUACAUAAUGAAAUUUCUCUUGAAAUGAAUUACUGCAGUAGAAAAAAGCACAUACAUAUAUAUGUUAAGGUGAAAUAUCUCUACACGGGCCUGUUUUAACAAUUAUGUAAAUAAUACUUGUUUUUUUAAAAGUACUAAUAAGCUGGGACUUUUUUUUUCUCAAACAAAAGGUGGAGUUUGUUCACUGAAGAGUGUUUUGGGUUGAGAAAGGGUACAGUUGGUGAAAUUAAAAAAUGAUGGAACAAGGAUUUGAGGAAGGUAGAAGACUCAAGGAAGUGGGGAUUAGAUUAGGGGGUACCGGAGCACGUUUGUAAUCUGAAAGGAAGGAGCUGGUAGAAAGGGAGAGAUUUAAAAUCAAAAAAAAAAAAAAAAAAAAAAAGAGUUGAAAAACAAGGGGAGAAGGGACGGGACUAACAUUAUUGCCUAACUUCUAAAUGCUAGGCACUUCUCCUAAGACAAUUUAUUAACAUUUACAUGGAUCAAAAACAAGGGGAGAAGGGACGACACUAACAUUAUUGCCUACCUUCUAAAUGCUAGGUACUUUUCCUAAGACAGUUUAUUAACAUUUACCUGGAUCUUUAUAUAGUUUUGUAAAAAUCUUGCUGACUUCUCUUACCCAUUGUAUUAAGUAGGUAUUGUUGUUUUCAUUUUUUAGAUUUGUUUGUUUAUUUAGCAACCAUUUCCUGAGCAUCCAUUCUGUGGGGUAGGUGUAUACUGAGCAGUAGUUACAAAUGGGAGCCUGAGGCUCACUGAGCAGAAACAUCACCUUCAAUUUCCCACUGCUAGUACCUAUUGGAGCUAGAAUAAUAAUAAUCGAGCAUUUACCCUGGGCCCAGCACUGUGGUAACCAUUUUACAAAAAGAGAAUACCCAGUUAAAGAUGAGAAAAGUGAGGCUCAGAAAGGUAUAGUAACUUACUCAAGGUCACACAGAUAGUGAAUGACAGAUCUAAGAUUCAAAAUCCGGGUCUGUUUGAGUGUAUAUGGUUCCCUUGGAUGAUUUCAUCCACUCUCAUGUUUUCAAGCAUCAUUUACAUGCUGAUGACAUUCCAGUUUGUAUCUUCAGCCCAGACCAGUCCCCUGACUUUCAGAUGAUAUUUCCUAGAUGCCCCAUAGACAUCUCAAAUAUAACAUGUCUUCUCUCCAUUGGCAGUACCAGCAAGCCAGACACUCCAGCUAGGAACUCAAGGGGUCAGCCUAGACCUCACAUCUCCCACUCUGAGCCAACCAAGUCCUAGUGGUUUGAUUAGGUUGGUGCAAAAGUAAUUGUGGUUUUUGCCAUUACUUCUAAUGUAUUACUUCUUUGCAUUUGCUGUUCCAGUUGCAAUGCUCUUUCCCCAGACAUCUGCAUGUUCUUGUCCUCAUUUGAUUUAGGUCUCUCUUUCCCUUAUCAAAAAGGCCUUUGCUGACUACCCUAAAUACAAUAGCACUCCCCCCCUAACUGUUCUUUAAUGCUGUACCUGGCUUUAUUUUUCUUCAGAAUAUUUAUUACUCUUUAACAUAGUUAUUUAUUUCUUUAUUGUCUAUCUCCCCACUCCCAGAAUGUAAGCUUCGUGAAAGCAGAGUCUUUGUUCUGUUCCCUGCUAUAUCUCCAGCAUCUGGAACAGAGCCUGGGACAAGCUAGGUCUCCAUACUAUUUAUUGGAUAGUUGAGUGACUGAUUGUGGAUGUACAGGAUAAGCAUCUAAUUCUAUCAGGGAGUGCUUCCUGGAGGAGCUGAUACCUGUGUUCAGUCUUAAAGGGCAGGAGUUUUGAUAGGGGAAUGUUAGUUAAUAUAAUGAAAAUUUCAAAAUUAAAGGGCAGGAGUAAUUAAUUGGGUGGUUGAGAUGCAUGCCUGGCAGAGCAAGCAGAGUAUGGGAAAACCCAGAAGUGGAGAUAUCUGGAAGGUGAUUGGUAUGGCUGGAGUAGAGGACACUGGCAGGAGAGUAGCCUGAGAUGAGGCAGGAGAGGAAGGCAAGGACCAGGGCCAGGUCUGAAGGGUCUUGAGCAUCAAGAGAAGGCGUUAGACUGAUUCAAAGCAGGAACUGCUCAGUUUUGUAUUAAUAGGCUAUGUGGAAGAGAAGCCGGGAUAGGGAGACUGGAAGUAGCAAGCCUCAUGUUUAAAGAACCAAAGAGUUCUGCUAACUUAGGAACCCAGAGUAAGUUGAAAACAAAUUGCUCUCUGGCUGAAAGCCUUCAGUGGUGAUAGUUGGAAAGCAGAAUGAUUGCAGAGAUGUGCUUUGGAGAUUUGGAAAGCAGGCUGUGUUAUUUGUGGCUGUUUUCUCCUUGAUGCAUGUGCAGAAUUUCCAUGAACGCUAAUGGAGCUAUUCUGAGCAUUUGCUGAAGGGAAGGAAGCUUGCAGACAUCCCUCCCAAUCUUGCCCACACACCGAAAUGUACCUUGGAGCUACAGUCUGUUAAAAAUGAGAAGGUUGAGGCCAGGCACAUUGAUUCAUGCCUAUAAUCCCAGCACUUUGGGAGAUCGAGGCAGGCAGAUCACCUGAGGUCAGAAGUUUGAAACCAGCCUGGCCAACAUGGUGAAACCCCGGCUCUACUAAAAAUACAAAAAUUAGCCAGAUGUGGUGGCAGGCGCCUGUAAUCCCAGCUACUUGGGAGGCUGAGGCAUAAGAAUCGCUUGAACCUGGGAGACGGAGGCUGCAGUGAACCAAGAUCGUACCACUGCACUCCAGCCUGAGCAGCAGAGUGAGACUCUAUCUCAAAAAAAAAAAAAAGAAAAGAAAAGGUUGCCCCUGAAAUGGGGUGAGAAUAGUUCCUGAGACCUCUCAGGAGGUGUGAAUAUGUCUUAUAAGCAUGUUCAGUUGCUGGGGGAAAUGUGGGAAAGUAAAUACCAUUUGUGUCUGCUCUAACAGCUUAUUGAUGCUUUUUCUUGUAGUGGUUAAUUUGGAGGUCGUGGUCGGGCGUGGUAGCUCACACCUGUAAUCCCAGCACUUUGGGAGGCUGAGGCAGGUGGAUCACUUGAGAUCAGGAGUUUGAAACCAGCCUGGCCAACAUGGUGAAACCUUGCCUAUACUAAAAGUACAAAAGUUAGCCAGGUGUGGUGGCAGGCACCUGUAAUCCCAGCACUUGAGAGGCUGAGGCAGGAGAAUUGCUUGAACCCGGGAGGCAGAGGUUGCAGUGAGCUGAGAUGGCACCACUACACUCCAGCCUGGGUGACAGAGCGAGACUCAGUCUUAAAAAUAAAAUAAAAAUAAAUAAAUAAAAUUGGAGGUCUUGGUCCUUUGUGUAGGGACUCAGUCUCUGUAUUUUCAUUCAUUCAUUCAACAAACAAAUGUUGUCCAUCUUCUGUGUGCCAAGGACUAGACUGGCACUGGGGACACAACAAUAAAGGAGAGAUAAUUUCCUCUUAGUCUGGUGAGGCAGAUAGACACAUAACUAAAUAAAUAGAGUAUAGCAUAUUGGGUGGUAACUAUAGACAUAAAAAUAUUGAGAAAAUGGGGAAAGGAAUGAAUAACACCACUCAGAGGAAGAAUCUUCACAGAGGAGUUCAUAUUUGAACCAAAGCCAGAAGGAUGGGUAGGAGUUCUUAGCAGAAGGCUCAGUCUAUGUGAAAGCACAGAAGCGUAAGGUGUAUGGCUAGUUUCAGUAAAGGAAAAUAAUAUGAGGUGGUUGAAGCAUAAGGUUCUUAGGAAUGGUAGUGAGAAAUUGGGCAAAAAAUGUAACCAAGGCUUUGGAGGCUUUAUCAACGAAUUUGGACUUUGGCCUUCAGAUAAUGGGAGACCAUGAGAAGUUUUUGAGGAGGUGAGGGACCUAAUCAGGUGUAUGUUUUAGAAAGAUUAAAAAAAAAAAAAAAAAAACCCAACAGAUAUUUUAAGAAAAUUUUAAACAUUCAAAAGAAACCCAACAAU